AUGGUUCACAAGACAGUCGCAAGCAACCGUCCAGCGACCUGGUCUGCAGAAGGGCACGAUGGUGCCGCAGCGCAGAAAAUGUCGGUUGACGCGCAAAUGCGUACCGACGAGGCCUCCAGAGAUCUGGCGUAUCAGUUCCUACGAAUGAACCGUACCACCGGCCGUGCGCCUGUCGCCGAUAAUCAUUAUACCAGCACGCCUCCCAGCUGUGUGACACCAAGAGAUCGUGCCGCUAUGACAGCCGAAACUUCACAACCACAAGGGCGGCGUCACUCAUCUUUCGACCCGGGAACAGUGUCAAGCCUGGCAUACCGCGCCAAAGAGCCGGCCCAAAACCCAAGAAAGCACCAGAGAGGGAGUCCUUCACUCGGCGACAUUGAGGAACAGGCGGAAUCCCUGGGGGGGCAACACUUCAAGAGAAUAUCGGGCGACUCGGGCUAUGGCUCCGACACGCAGCGCAUACGUUGCGAGCAAAGCAUCCAUCCUUAUGAUCGCCAUACAGUAAACACCGAGGUGCUCUACAAGCCCAAGGUGGUCGUUAUCAGCUAUUCUGCGUCCGACUCGGAAUGCGACGAGGCUCUGGGCGCUCCCAGACGGCCCAAGAGGCGCCUCCGCAAGCAUAGCUUAGCCGCAGCCACCAAGAUGGCCGGCACGGAGGCACCAGAUGCUCGUGACUGCGUCCCGAACUCGGUCGUAGAGAGCAUUGAGUCGGCGCACUCUCUUUCCCACUCUUCGAAAGGCUUGCGACGAGUGAAAGGAACAGCCGCUUUGCGGCCAAAGAUUGACCCCCAUUCAGGUCUACUGAAGCCAAGGAUGAGGACCACGACGAUGCCCAGCAUCAUUGCUUCCGGCAGCGGUCAUGCUGACAGACCAAGGCUGCUACUCAAGACAUCAACUUGGUCCUCAAGCGGCCAAGAUACGGUUCGAUCGGUGGUACAGAGACGGCCGCGGCCGGUAUCUGGACCGCCCACAUUGCCCCUCAACUGGCAUACAAACGCCAUACCCAAGCUGGCGUUCUCGCCCGUCGAAGAACAAUCCGAUUCUCCAAGCGACAGCGACGAGUCCUCCGUGGAAUCCAGUGUCUUCUCGAUACCAAACUCCCCGGUCGAGCCCUGCGAGCUUGAUCGAGAUGACCCAUUCGCCCCUCACUUUGACGCCGUCAUUGCAAGUGUCUUCGAGCGGUUCAGGGAUUGGCAGAUCCGGCAAAGGGGCGGGCAAGCCGGGCGAAGCCGAGCUCGGCGGCCCAGCUCCAACACAAUCGACUCCGGCCGCUCGUCGAGGAAGCGGUCGCAUUCCGAGCUACCCGAGCACCCCGCUUCGGAUGAGGACGUCCACACGGCCCCGGGGUUCAAGAGACCGAAGGUUCCCGCAUCCCCAACGAAAACGCUCGCUUGCCCCUUCUGGAAGAAGAACCCCGACAGCCACCGGCAAUGCUACAAAAAGGUCCUUAGCAGGAUCAAGUACGUCAAGUCUCACUUGUAUCGCUUCCACCCGGCCCCAAUCACUUGUCCUUGCUGCGGUGCCGAGUUCCGAAGCGAGGAGGUGCGAGAUGUGCACCUGCGAGCCAGGCGCUGUGAGAUCGUGGAACGGAGCGACAUUGCGGACCACGAGGGCUUGACCGCCGAGCGGAUGAGGCAGGUGUCUAGGCGAGCUGACCCACGGCUCUCCGAGGAGGAGCAGUGGUUCGUCAUAUGGGACACCAUAUUCCCCAACACUCCGCGGCCCUCCACGGCUUACAUCGACGGCGCCCUCUCCGAGGAUAUCUGCAACUUCCAUGAGUUCUUUGCCAACUCUGGCAACGACAUCAUUCUUCACUACUUCAGCCUCCACGACCCCGACUUCGCGCGCAGCGACAGAGCGGCCCUUUACGGCCGCUUUGUCAGGGACGGGGUGCUCGAAAGGAUCUACGAACAGUGGGCUACCAGGAGGGGGCUGCGGCAGCCGCAUGACACAGACGACUUCACGCCGCCCCAGUCGAUCCCCACAGAGUCCGAACUUCCGAGCCGGGCGUCGUCGGCGCACGGGAACCCGCCCACACAGGACCCGGUGCAGACGUAUUCGGCGGAGGACAUCCAGCCCGUGCCUGCAAGUGCUUUGCAGUUCGCUGGCCAGGGGUUUGAUGAAGCCGGCGUCAGUGACGACUUGUACUAUGACUCGCACACGCAGAGCCUAUAUGACGAUCUUGCUAGUAUGUUCCCUGACGCAGACUACCAUUAG